AUGGACUUCCCUGGCUGUGCCUCAGUGAGGAGAGCGAAUAGAACUGCGAUCCGCCUCAGGGAAACAGAGUUCAACAGUUCCUCAAAUUUGGAUGACACAACUUUGCUGCUUUUGCUGGAGGAAUGGUCUCUCACCCCAUCAGGCACAAACACAAAGAUGUUCUUAAUCUCUCCAGUUGUCUGCCUCGUGGCAGGCGUCCUCAUCAUCCCAACCAUCUUAUUUGUGAUCUUCUCUCGGCUUAAAAUCCGCCAGGAAACGAGGUACAUGCUGCUGGGAAACACUCUGCUUUCUGAUCUGAUCUACCUGCUCUUCUACACCCUGCUAGCUGCUCUCAAUGCAGCACAUCUACACCUCCCAAAGGAAGCUUGUGUCCUCCUCCUAUUUUUGCUGGCAGUGGCUUACUGUGGAGGACUGUUCACAGCUGUUGCAAUAGUGUUGGACACGUACAUCGCUGUUUUGUUUCCUUUGCGCUACAUUGUUAUUUUGCCUCCUUCACGAACUAAAAAAGUCCUCGUAUUACUGUGGAUGUGUUCUGGAGCUUUCUCUGGGAUUUUCUUCCUGGUGCUAUGGACUACCCACAGCUUUGUGCCCUGUGUCCUGGAAAUGUGCUCAAUUCCAGUAAUACUAAUAUUAACUCUGAACAAGACUGAUGCUGUGAAACUCUGUUUCUGGCUUUCUACCACAGUUAUCAUUCUCUGCCUGUCUGUAAUAUUUUGUUGCUAUGCUAUUCUGUAUUUUAAAACCAAACACUCAGGUAUAUGGAAGAGCAUCUGCUCCAGAGCCAGUGUGACAUUUGUAAUGCACAACACUGUCUUAUUUUUUUACUUCUUUCCACUCUUGGCCCUUUUUGUAGAAUCAUUCUUGAGCGUUAAUGCUUUCAUCAGAGUGCAGACAGGAAUCUUGGUCUCCCUGACAGUCUGCAAUAUCCUCACGAUUCUUCCUAAAGUUCUGUUCCCUUUUCUCUAUGGGCUUCGCUACAGAGAGAUCUCAAAUCCAUUGUCAGCCUCUCUCAAAUCCAUUGUCAGGAGAAAGCAGCUUCGCCCUGUGCCACCUGUCCCACCACCAUCCUGA